AUGGCCGAUCACCUAGCAGUCUUGAACAUGCCCAUCGAGGCCCUGCAGCGAUCUCACCGUCACCUCUCCUUUGAGCCAUUCACUCUUCUGUCCGCAUUGUCCGCUGUGACAGAGAGAUCGGCCUCGCGGCCACAGCCUCGACUACAUACGACGAACCGUACCACGUUGCCCGCCGCUUCGCCAGCUUGGACCACCUCUCCUCCGGCAGAGCAGCCUGAACAUCGUCACGACCGGCAAUCCGGAAUCUGCCAAAGAAUUUUAGGUUGGAUGAGCAUAUGGAGCAUUCUGAGCGGUACAAGCGAGCCAGGGUUUUACGAGGUUGUCACUGGGCUGUGGGAUAGUUUCGCGGACGACGCGUUCGACUCUCAGAGUCAGGUCCGGGAUCUACUUGAUCCUUCCAAGCUUCACGUACUCAACCACAAAGGGGAGUCUCAAAGUGAGGGGCCUUUGAACAUUGCGAGACCGGUACAAGGGUGGCCAGUGAUUGUUCAGGCUGGGCAGUCAGAGCCGGGAAACAGCUUGCCGCAGAGACGGCAGAGGUGGUGUUUUGUUCGCCGAGGGAUAUUCAAGGUGCGAAGGAAUUGUAUGAGGAUAUCAAGGGAAGGGCAGAGAAAGUAUGGCAGGAAUAGGGACAGCUUGAGGAUUCUGCCGGCCGCCUUGGUGAUUGUUGGUGAUACGGUUCAGGAUGCCAAGGAGAAGAGGUUGAAGCUUGAUAGCCUGGUUCAUUAUGAUAGCGCGAUUGCCUCGCUGUCCAUUGCUCUUGGUAGCGAUGCUUCCAGGGUUCGAUCCUGA